AUGGUCCGAGUGAUCGAUGGUAUCUCGAACGUUUCUCGUAUGCUAUCAUCAGAAACUUGGCAUAAAGUGGCUACAAGAAUUGUUAUAAAAGAUAUUUUAAUCCUGAUACUACCAAUGUGCUAUAUUCCAGUUACCAUCUACACAAAUUUAAUUUUUGCUUAUAUCUGUUGGUAUACUUUUCUCGGUGUCACCGCACUUAUUAGUUUGUACACGAAUAACGUAUACGUGCUAAAUGUCUGUUUUAAACACAUAAACGAUUCUUUAGUGCAAGUGAAGGAAAUUCUAGUUAAUGAUGAGCCUCAUCUACUCAGAAGAGUCUAUCACAUGCAGAAGAAUCCUAUAUUGUUGACGAAGCUGAGGGCUCUUAAAAAGCAACAUCUAGAGAUGAGCGAAAUUGUUCAGCUACUGAAUAACACGUGUAGCAUGCAGAUCGAGGCCAUGUUAACAAUACUGUUCAUCGACAUUACGUUCAAUAUGUACAAUUAUUUAUCCGCGGACAAAAAAGUGGGUGAGGCGAAAUCGCUGACUCUUAUUCUUGGCCUCGCGAUUUAUUACGCCGUGCAUAUAAUUAUCACAGUUUCGAUCGUUGAAAUUACCAGGGAUCAAAUGCAGAAAACUGGCCGCGACGUUCAUCGAAUUCUUGUACAUACUUUCGACGAGCAGGUGACGACGGAGUUGGAGUUGUUUUCGUUGCAAGUGCUACAAAAGGGUAAAGCGUUCGUGAUGAAUGGACUCGUAAUAGACGCAACCCUUUUGACAAAGAUGGCGUGCGGGAUUACCACUUUUUUGUUAAUAUUAGUGCAGUUCCUACUCGUCGAGUCUUGUUGA